UAACUGAGAUGUAACAAGUAUUUGGUUAGUACCAACAUUGGUAACAUAGAUAUGACUGGUAUUUCAUACAAAACUUCGGAUAUGAUUGACCGACUAUGGCGUGUAGCUGUUGUGUUUGUCUUGAUGAGUAUCUCUACGGACAGUAUUGAAACAACAAAUGAUAUCAACAAUUCAAAUGUACCAGUGAGAACAACUGAAUCACCAGUUCAGAAUAUGACAACAGUGACAGUGCAGACAACAGAAAGUCCGUUAAUACCUCAUGUCAACGUCACUGCAGUCACAGGUAAAUAUCGUGUAUCAGUUUUGCAAUUGUAUGCAUGAACUUGACUGAAUUUAAUACUAAGUUUAAUACUAAGAAUUGAAUACUUAGGGGCCGAUUACAUGGAGCAUUUUCAACCCCGGGGUUGAACUCAGCCCUGUUUACCGGGUUGAAAUUUCAGCCCUGUCUGUAAUACAAAACUCUACCAAAAUCAAACGCGCGAUCACAUGACAAAAUUUUCAACCCAGGGCUGCAAUUAUCACAUGAGUUAUUCGAGCAUACGUGGUAGUGACUAUUUAUUACAAGAAGACAAAAUAAAGGCUUUUUUUACUUCCACUAAUCGAUGCCGCAAACGUAUAGUAUAACGUUUCAACCCCGGGGUUGAAAUCGUCCAUAUAAUCGCAAAAAAUUUCAACCCGGUUAACAGGGCUGAGUUCAACCCCGGGGUUGAAAAUGCUCCAUGUAAUCGGCCCCUAAGUUUGUUCCUCAGACAAUAUUUAUAUAGGGAGUUUGGCAAUCGACAAAGGCAACGGCAGAAACAAAAUUACUUUAAAGAAUACAUUGUCAUUGAUCUUUUCAGUACGAACAAUCCUUAUUAAAAUAGCAAUAGUCAGUACUAGUAAAUUCACAUUAAACAUCACCACACGACUUCGAACGUUCUAACGGUAUCAAUGGCUAUGACGAGAAAAUGCGGAUAUAUACUAUAGGCUAUAACGGAGCAGUUUGGACAACUACGACGCGUACUGCUAGCUGACGUUAUACCGUUGUAUUUGCCAAGCUCAUGCACUAAUAUAAAUAAUGACAGUUAAUAACGCAUAUAUUUCCUUAUAUAUAAUAUAUGUAAUACCAAUUGGGUAUAUAUGUCACGUUCCGCGUUGUGUAAUGGUAUCACUCGUUGACACAGUAUUGUAUAAAAUAUAUUCAAGUUAAGUAACAUGUCCAUGUAGUUUUGUCUAACCUUCAUAUGUCAAGCGGUGCUUCGGUCUUAAAAGACAAUCUAAAAAGACAAAUGACGUUCGGAGUAUACCUUGCAGAUUUAAUACCGACAGCUAGGUAACAUUCUGCCUAAUUCCAUGUGUCUAUGGGAUUCAUUAUCACCACCAGUCUAAUGUGCAAAUUUUUCCCCCUUUGAAUGUACAGGAAACCUCAGAAUUGACAAUAAUCUUGAACGAUAUGUGCAUAGGCAGUGGCUAUAAUAAGAAAGCUGCGGAAAUAUAGACAGGGAUAUAACUUGUCAACUUUACCUGAAAAAUAAUACAAGGAGAACUUCGACGUUUCGAACGAAGUCCCUUCGUCGCUGGGAAGUUGCUCUAAACGUCGAAGUUCCCCUUUUAUUUCUGGUGGUUGCAACAAUCCGCAUUUGACGUUUUUUGCAGUUUUACGGGCCAUGCAUGCAUGCAUGCAUGUGCAGUCGUACAAGCAGUAUCUUCUUUUAGUAUUGCAGUGCCUUUUUUAACUAUACAGUAUAUCUGGGGGGGCAAUUGCCCCCCAGGGAAAGAAUUCCCCCCCCCCAGUAAAGCCAUUUCUGCCCCCGAAGUGCGAAGCAGAAUUGCUCAUGAUUGCUGUCAGAAUUGCAGUUGAUUUACUUGAUGAGAUUAUGCCCUUCCAUAGCCUCCUCCACAGCCACCUUGUGUGUAAUUCAUAUUAUUCUUCACCGAGUAUUUCAUAAUAGCGAUAGAUUUCAUGCAAACAAUCCGAUAAAAUGCUGUUCCAAGAAGAAUAGAUUUAUUUUAGAUUUUUAACUGUUAAAUACAUGUAUGCAUUAUCAUAGCAUGAAUAUUUCUUCUCAGAUUUAUUCUGUAUCGUAUGAAAAAGUAACGCAAUUUUGAGAAUGCGGAAAUGGUGUCUCAUAGAACCUAAAAUGAUUUAAAUGCAACAUUUCUGAUCAAAAUCACAUUGGGAUUUUCUCCCCCCCCCCCACCCCCAGCAUCACAGAGAGGAAAUAAGGUGACACUGACCCCUCCUCCUAUUUUUCAAGGUGACUUUUCCAAUUUAUUUAAUUCCGAGUAGAAAUGCCUGGAAAAAUCAUGUCUUCGAUGUACUUUAUAAUCUUCGGAAUUCUGCUAGAUUUCACUCCCAAAAUGCUUGAAAUCGCAAUUCAGGGACCCUAGAUUUCAAAAUUUUCCCGGGGGUGCAUGCCCCCGGACCCUCCUAGACGGUCUCACGCCUUUGGCAUGAGGUUCGCUCCCCCCACCCCAAAAAAAUAAUAAGGUCUGGCUGCGCCACUGGUUAUAGCUGUACGAUUAUAGCUACAAAGAGUUGAAGUUAUUGUUUAAAGUAAAAUAUAGGUGAAGUUAAUAAAUUCAAGUUUUACAAAAUCUCUCUUCAGACUCGCGCGUUCGCCAAACCUCGACGGCUCAUAUUUUUCGUUCUGCCUUUGUUCCUGUUUUGCCCCUCCAGUGAAAAUUCCUUAAAAAAGGCACUGUAGUAUUCAAUUACACUGAAAUAAAAUAAAAUAAAUUAAAAGAUAAAAUACUUGCACUGAUUACCAUAUUCAACAAAUAUAAUAAUUAUUAGUUAAUACCAUAUUUUUAGAUUGGAUAAAGACCCAUAAGAAACAAGCCGCCAUUGGAUUAAUUGUUGGAGUGACAAUUGCAGUGUUAAUCAUUAUUUUAAUAUGUUGCUGCAUCUCGAAAUUUGCUGUCGAAAAAGUGAAACGAAAAAAGAAGAAAAAAGAUGGAGUAUUACGGGGAUAUCUGAAAAAGAUCAAAUUACCAAAGUUAAAACUGCCUAAACUAUCUUUGUUUAAAGUUCAACCGAAGGAUGGUUUUGGCAAAGAAAUUGUGAGUAUAAGAGACGUUUUGAGUAUAAGAGAAGAUUUUAGACACUUAACUAGUUAUACACGUCUGCGGUUAAAAUCUAUAAUUAUAUAAUCUCAAGCGUUUUGGGAGGUCAUAGACAUAGCAUUUUGAUUAUUUUAAAUAAAACCAAGAACACUUAAAAUAUAACUAGAAAUUAAAAUAUAAUGCCCAUACAAGAAAUUAAAAUAUAAGCCCCAUGACUAUAAUUAAUCUGAAUUUUCCCAAGGGGAGGGGGGAGACAAUUUCGCCAAGGGGGCGGGGGCAAGACACCCCUCCCCUGCCCCCUCCUCUGCCUAGAUGGAUGGCUAUGAGCCAUUCAGGUUGCAAAAUACAGAAAAAUAAAAGAGAGAUUUCGUUAGCAUAUUUUGAAGAGGGCUAUAACAGUUUUGAAAUAACGUAAAUCAAGUUUGCUAAUUAUUCAUCUUUUUUCCUUUGAAAUAGAAAGAUAUUGGAAGAUUGAAGUUUUCUCUUUUCUACGAGAAACGAACGUAAGUACAAUCAAAACGAUGUAUUGGAAAUUCCGGGCAUCGUGGAUCCUGAGGAACAUUUGCCAUAUACUUAUAUAUAGCAAUAAGACUGAGGAACAAUUUCAACUCACACGUACAUACUUUACAAGAAAAUCUUAAAGACUUAUAUACUCGAUGUUCAAUAAAUGCACUCGGUAACAUAAAUGCAGUCUAGCAUGCUUAACUAUUUAAGUCUUGCGCACAUAAUGACGUAAUUUUUGGUCAAAUUUGUCAUUGUUGUUCGAGUAAAAUUUGGAAAAGGCAAUUAAGUUCAGAUCAGGGAUGUGCUGGGGUCUUGAAAAGGACGACGAAUGAGCAACGUCUGAUGGGGCCCAGGCCCAGUGACGGAUGGAUCCAGAUUGGGGUGGGGGUAUUACUAAUCAAACAUGAAACAUUUCAGUCGCUAAUUAAUUUUUCCCCCAAAAUUGUUGACAAGCGGGAGGAGGGGUUGGGGGGAGGAAGUAAAACAAAUUUCCGGACAUACGAUUUUUCCGCAGUAACUUUCGAAUUACUGUACCAUAUUUUCGUAAAUUUAGAUAAAUAUAAAUUGUAAUAUCUUAGUCUUGAUUUUCAAAAUUAAAAUCUAUAUUUUUUAUCUUUUCCAAUGUUUUAAUUUUAGGGGCCCAUGAUGGCAGGGGCCCACAACAAGUUCUCGUCGGUUCGUCCCUGACCAGCACGUCCCUAGUUCAGAUUUCAAGAAACAUUUAUAAACAGUUGUUCCAAGUAUUAUAUAUAUUAUAGCAACUUCGGUUCAAGAAAUGUUAUAUAACUAUAGCGGAUCUGCCGAAUGGAUCAUUGAUAUUCAAAAACCACGACCAUGUCCACCCUCUUAACUAUAUAACACCAAAAUAAUCAUCUUAAAUUUGUAGAGCAAUACUUCAUGUGAAAAUCAAGAAAGCAGAAGAUUUAUCAGUGAAGUCAUCAGGCUACGUUUCAUUUAAUUUUGUUCAAGUCGAGUUAGAUCCAUUUUCAGUGGCAAGAAGUGCUAAAGGAGAAUAUCUUGAAACCAGGAGAGUUAGGAACAGUGUUUCUCCUGUGUUUGAUGACCUCAUAACUAUAAACAUCUUGCCAGAUGAACUCAAGGAACAGACCUUGAUGUGUUACGUGUACGAUGAGAACAAAAUAUCGCCAAGAGAUUUGAUCGGAGUCGCCAUGCUAGAAAUGCAUGGAUUGUUUCAGAGUAUUCAUGGAAAAGAAAAGGAUUUUGAUGAAACUUUGGAAUGGAGGAAAGGGGUAUGCGAGCUUUUCAUUUUCAAUGAUUGAGAACAAAAAUUUGUGUAAUUAUAAGGUUGCAGCAACUCAUGUGAUAAAAUCAAUCAAUCGGGUGAAACCUUUAAGAUUGGAAUGUAUUACCUUUCACAAGUGAUAGUGUACAGCUAUUUCAAUUAAGGUUGUCCCCGAGCAAAGCGGAAAAGUCAAAUACGAGCGCGAAAGGUUUGCUGGGAAUCGCUAAAAAAUUAAUGAUUUUUUAAGGAUUCCCAUGCAGCAAGCCUUUCGCGCUCGUAUUCCACUUUUCCGCUUUGCUCAGGGACAACCUUAAUUGAAAUAGCUGUAUAUAUGCAAAGAAUUGGGUUUUUUUGUGCAAAACACUCUGUAGUGUUUAUUUAUCUGGCAAAUCUUUCUAUCCGUAAGCUAGCUCAGAUUCAUCAUUCAUGCUCAAAUCUACAUUGGUUCAAGAGCUUUGCGAAAUAACAAAACUUGGUGUUUUCCACAAAAAGAAAUUACAGUAUAGCAAUCAUUUCCAGUACAUUAUAAGAUGUUCAUGCAUAUAAGAGUUGAUGUCAAUUAUAAUUUUAUAUUUGUCCUUUACACAUUAGGCAAAAGGUGGCGAUAUUUGGCUUAGUUUCCGUUGGAAUCCAAAGGAUGAAAUAUUUUACGUAACUGUGAAAGAGUGUUCGCAUCUCUCAGCUGUAAAUAAAAGAGGAGAAUCAAGUAUGUAGAUCUCGUUGUUGGUCAAAUAACGUCUUAUGCACUCUGGUUAAAAUUGUUUCUGGUUUUUAAUUAAAUUAACCUAGAAAUAAUCAUAUUUGAGUUAAUUUAAUAUUCCUGAUUAAAUUUCCUGGUUAUUUUAACUUUUUUCCCACUAUAGUCUAGUUACGUUGACCAGCUAGGACUUUCUGGUUAAAUCAACCAUACUGUAGCCGGAUAAAUAAUAACCAGUGGCUCUUGGUUAUUUAUCAUCUAACAUGGUCUGGGAAAGGCAAAUUCAGUUUCCUUGAAGAAGUUACGUUGAGCAGCUAGGACUUCCUGGUCUAACAUGGUCUGGUUAUUUCAACAAGGACGUCCUGGUCAUAUAACUAGAUUUCUGGUUAAAUUCAGGCUGUACAUUCACUAUGGAAGGAAGCGAGACAACCAGGAAAUUUAACCAGGAAUACUAAGUUAACCCAAGUAGUGUUAUUUCUAGGUUAACCAGGAAAUUGGAACGAAAGUGUUAUUUUUAGAAAUUAGUUUGUGUUCGGUGUUGUUGUCGUAGUUGUUGUUGCCGUUGCCGUUGUUGUCGUAGUUGUUGUUGUUGUUGUUGUUGUUGUAGUUGUUGUAGUUGUUGUUGUUGUUGUAGUUGUUGUAGUUGUUGUUGUUGUCGUAGUUGUAGUUGUUGUUGUUGUUGUAGUUGUUGUAGUUGUUGUUGUUGUUGUCGUAGUUGUAGUUGUUGUUGUUGUUGUAGUUGUUGUAGUUGUUGUUGUUGUUGUUGUUGUUGUUGUAGUUGUUGUAGUUGUUGUUGUUGUUGUAGUUGUUGUAGUUGUUGUUGUUGUUGUAGUUGUUGUAGUUGUUGUAGUUGUUGUAGUUGUUGUAGUUGUUGUAGUUGUUGUAGUUGUUGUUGUUGUUGUUGUUGUUGUAGUUGUUGUAGUUGUUGUAGUUGUUGUUGUUGUUGUUGUCGUCGUCGCCGCCGCCGCCGCCGCCGCCGUGGCGUCGUCGUCGUUGUUUUUCUAAGUUCUAAAUAUGUUUAAUUCAGUCGUGUUUAACUCUUAUUUUAGAUCCUUACGUAAAGGUGGAAGUAUUCGACGGCACAACACGAAUUUUCCAAGAAACGACAAAUGCAAAACACAAAACAUUAUUUCCAAUAUUUAACGAAAGAUUUCAUUUCAAAUUAACUGACCAACAAAAGAAAUCAGUUUGUCUGAUAAUCAGUGUCAAACAUCGCCCAAACUGGAGUGCUCGCAGAAAGGUUGUCAUUGGUCAACUCAGCUUUAGUUUUCGUUCGAUGGGAGAUGAAUUAUCACACUGGAAAACGGCAUUGUCCAGUGGUAAAGAUGUUGAAAUGAUGCAUAGUCUUCGACCUGCAGUCGAAAUUCCGAGAAAGCAUCCGAGUAAGAGAACAAAAGGGCAGGACAUUAUUGAUGUAUUGUCUGAAGAAGAAAAUCUUUUGGAAGACGAGGAUGAUCUUUUACUUUAAAGAUAAUCGUCUCAGUAAUAAUAUUCUUAACAAACAAGAGAUAUAAACAGUUUUGGAUCUGCAGUGAAAAUGUAGAGAAAACAUCUUAGAGACGCAGACAUUAUUGAAGAAGAAAAUUAUUUUACUUUGAAUAAGACAAUUAUUUUACUUUGAAUAAUAAUCAUCUUAGAAAUAAUGACAUUUUUAUAGCAACAAAAAAUUGAACAAAUUGAUAAUUUCAUUGGUUUUACCGGUUUUCAUACAUAAUACUCUACAGACGAUUAAAAACCAUAUCUUUGCCUUCUUUGGGCACUUCUUUGGGCACUUCUUUGGGCUAUAGCUAUUCUGUGC